AUGCCUUCAAUCCAGACCCUCAGCGAGAGCAUCGCCAAAAACACUGCAAUCGUUGAGAAAUGGCUGAAGCAAACUAACGCCAAACCACUUUCGUUCGAACAAGGUGCGGAGGAGGAGUUUCCUUCGACUACGAAUGCACCUGAGAUCGAAGCCGCACGCGUUGCCAUCCUAGACGACACCAGAACGCUCCAAGAUCUCGUUCUCGGACCCGGUGAAGUGGUCCGCCGCAUCUGCUGGGGUUCCGUCGACAAUUCUGUGCAGCAGUGCAUUUACCACUUCAAGUUUCUGCAAGCCAUACCCCUCAAGGGCGGCGCCACUUACAAGGAGAUCGCCGCCAAGGUUGGUCUAUCCGAACCCCAGGUCAAGGCCAUCGUCCGACAGUCCGCGACCAAUCGCGUGUUGCGCGAGGACAGUCCCGAACAUGUGGUUCACACUGCGUCUUCAGCUCUGCUGUUGAGCAACAAGGCCAUGAUGGACUGGUAUGGCCACUGCGUUGAGGAAAUGUUCCCCGCUGGAGCUAAGCUCGCGGAAGCUCUGAAGAAAUAUCAGGGCUCUCAUGCUCCUGAAGACAGUGCCUUUGGACUCGCAUUCAACACUAGGGAUCCCAUCUACAAGUAUCUUGAGCAGCACCCUGCUCAACAGGCACGCUUCUUUGGCGCUAUGGAGGGCGUUGGAAAGGAUUAUGGACAUAGUCUUGAGCACGUCGUUCGCGGAUACCCGUGGGCGGAAGUUGGCAACGCCACUCUCGUAGAUGUCGGCGGCUCAUCUGGCUUCAUGAGCGUAGCUCUGGCAAAAGCCCAUAAAAACUUGACCAAGCUCGUAGUCCAAGACUACAAGCACACGGUUGAGCAAGGUGAGGCGCAGCUCCCCUCGGAGCUCGCCGGACGUGUCAGCUUUAUGCCGCACAACUUCUUCGAGCCGCAGCCAGUCAAGGCGGAUGUGUACAUCAUGCGUCACAUCUGCCACAACUGGUCGACUGAAAACUCGGCCAAGAUUAUCCAGAACAUCGUGCAGGGCAUGAAGCCCGAGAGCAAGAUUCUCUUGGUCGAAGUCGUUGUCGUGCCAUCGAACAAGGAGGAAUCGAGCAUUGCUGAACGGUACAUGAGAAAUGUGGAUGUGACGAUGCUCCAGAUGCUCAACACGCAAGAGCGCAGCGAAGAAGAGUGGCGCGAAGUCGUGCGCGCUGCCGAUCCGCGCCUGGAGCUCACACGCAUAUUCAAGCCAAAGGGAAGUUGGGACUCUGUGAUCGAGCUUUCUUUGAGGGCCAAUGAGCCAUAG